AUGGAGCUUGGAGUUUGUGCUGUCCGUUAUGGGCUGGCCCUCAUUUUACAGAUCUGUAAUUUUACAAUUUAUACUCAACAACUGAACAUGAGCAUUGCCAUCCCAGCCAUGGUGAACCAUACGACCGCAUCUAGCCCUCCCAACACCUCCACAGAAAGACCCUCCACUAACCAAAGACAAAUAAAUAAUGAGAUUCUCUGUGUCCUUUAGGGCCCCGUGUAUGACUGGAGUCCUGAAAUCCAGGGAAUCAUUCUCAGCUCUCUGAACUAUGGCGCCUUCCUGGCUCCAAUCUGUAAUGGUUAUGUGGCUGGAAUAUUUGGCGCCAAACGUGUGGUUGGUGCUGGCUUGUUCAUUUCCUCGGUUUUGACCAUCUUCAUUCCACUGGUCGCUGGCACUGGAGUGGCACUGCUCAUUGUCAUUCGGGUUGUCCAAGGCAUUUCCCAGGUUAUGGUAACAACAGGUCAGUAUUCAAUUUGGGUCAAGUGGGCUCCUCCAUUGGAAAGAAGUCAACUCAUCACCAUUGCUGCAUCAGGGGCCCUGUUGGGAUCCUUCACUGCCUUUGCUGUUGGUGGUCUCCUCUGCCAGACCAUAGGAUGGCCUUCCACUUUCUACAUCUUUGGAGGAGUUGGCUGCAUCUGUUGUCUUCUCUGGUUUCCUCUGGUUUAUGAUGAUCCCGUGAGUCAUCCCUUUAUCAGCACGGGUGAGAAGGAGUACAUUGUGUGCGCACUGGCAGAUCAGGAUGCUUCGCCAGGCUGGUCUCUUCCCAUCAAAGCUAUGAUGCAAUCCUUACCACUUUGGGCCAUUUUAGUCUUUUAUUUCUGUCACAACUGGCCUUUUUAUAUCAUGAUGGCAUACACCCCGACAUACAUCAACUCUGUACUUCAAGCUAGCCUCAUAGAUAGUGGAAUCGUGUCUGCCCUGCCGUUUAUAUCGGGCUUCAUUUGCAUUAUUCUCGGAGGGCUCUUGGCAGAUUUUCUCCUCUCCAGAAAAAUCCUCAGACUUAUCACCAUAAGGAAGCUCUUCACUGCCAUCGGAUCUCUCCUCCCUUCCAUGCUCAUGGUCUCCCUGUACUGGGUCAGAUCCAGCGCCAGUGCCACCGUGGCCCUCCUGGUCCUCUCUCCGGGCCUCAGCAGCCUCUGUGACUCGGGAGCCUUGGUUAACAUCCUGGAUAUUGCUCCUCGAUACACUGGCUUCCUCAAGGGACUGUCACAAGUCUUUGCACACACCGCUGGGGCCAUCUCUCCCACGGUGUCUGGAUUUUUCCUCAGUCAGUAUGCAGAAUUGGGCUGGAGACAUGUCUUCUUGCUUUCGGCUGCUGUGAAUGUAUCCGGCCUGAUCUUCUACCUCAUCUUCGGCAAAGCAGACAUUCAGGACUGGGCGAAAGAGCAGACAGUCACCCACUUCUGAGCUCACAGAGUGAUGGACGAGAGCCACACAAUCAUCUCUGCCUCCCUUUUCCUCAUGGAUCCCCGUUGGCGCUUGCUUGAGGGAUUAGAGACUCAAUAUGAAUGUAUUUGUUUCCAGUGUCUUCUCAGAGAGACUCUGCUGAUUGUUUUACUCCAGAGUCUUCCAAGGGAUUUUACAGGGAAAUAAAGAGCUCGUGAAGGCA